UAUUCGUAUCAAUAUAUAUAUAUAUAUAUGAGCACCGACGCUAUGAAGCCACAACACUGGCGACAUUUGAUGGAACUGCGGGGGUGCGAAUUCGAGGUCGACAGCAAGAAGUUUAAGUUGCAGAAUGUGUUCGAUUUGGAUCUCUCCAGAUUUCCAGACCAGGUUCAAAACGUUCUGCAGACUGCCCAGGAAGAAAUGAAGCUGGAGAAAGACAUCGCCAAGAUCGAAAGCCACUGGCGCGCACAGACGCUCGACAUGUGCCGGUACAAGACCGAAGAACAGAGUUUCGUGCUCAGAGCAAACGAAGAGUUGCACGUCACGCUCGAAGAUCACAUUCUUCAACUCCAGUCGAUGGUGGGCUCUCGGUUCGCUUCCGUUGUGAUUGAGAAAAUCAGAAAGUGGGAGAAAACGCUCAACAACAUCCGCGAGGUCUUCGAGGCGUGGCUGCAGGUACGCUCCGGCUCAAAGAAGAAAAACGGAGGAAAACAAGGACACAACACUCUCGUCUCUGCUAGAAAAGACAGGGCGAGAGCCGACCGGCGCGACCAUCCAAGCUCUAAAUGUUGUGUCCAUGCAUCGAUCGAUUCUGCACGCGUUUUGGGGCGCCUGGAAAAAGUCUGUCUCUACUUUGCCUUCAUCUGCGCGCGAUUUCAUGGAGGCGUGUACCACGCUCUUGAACUCUCACCCA